AUGGCUGGUAUGCAUCAUAUGCGCAACUGCAAUGAGUCCGAUGCCAUGAUUAUGGAUGUUCCACUCCCAACAAACACUUUGUCAAAGAAGAAAGUCGGCACCAAGGGGAAGGGGAACAAGGAGAACCUGCCCACCCUGUUUUGCAAUGCCACCUCUGUUGUGCUUGCACUCUCCACUGAGGAUGACCUUGAUGAAGACCCUGUUGAAACCCUGGUAGAGCCUGAGAAGCAUGCCCUGUCGGUAUCUGAUAUCAAAGAAGAUGAGCCCCUGCCCAAGCACACCAAGAAGCAGCCUCUCAAGCAGCUUGACAAUGGCCUUGACAUGCAGAAGUUCCUCUCCAAGAAGAAGUCAAAGAAGGAGGAACUUAUUGAGGUGAAUGCAAGGAUUGUAGAGCUUGGGGCAAUCAUUAUGUCUAUGAAAGCCAAGCUGGCAAAGCACAGGGCACCUCUGCCUCUGAAGGUCAUUGCUAAGCCCUUGGGGCAACCUGGUCAUAAGGGGCCAGGUGGAUAUUGCCUGCAGGAAGAGAUGGGGCUCUCUGGGAACAAGAGCAAGUACAAUUCUAUUCAGCAACAAGUCCAACAGAUCAGCAACAAGUACAAUGUCUGUGGAGACAAAACCAUCACCAAACUCCACCCAGAGGUCAUGGCAAAGAUAUACAAGGAAGCUCAACACAAGAUUCUGUACCUGGCACGGUUUGAGAAUGAUUGGGCCACUAGGGCCAUUGUCAAGUCAUACACAAGGAAUGCCAAGCAAUUCUUGGUCUUGAAAAAAGCUUAUGAUGAACAUUGCCUGCCUGGGUCAGGAACCCUGGGCCCAGCUGUAGCCCCUCAGCCUUCAGUGAGAAGUAUUCUGUCCAAUAAAGCAAUGGAGCAAGCUGCAGUACAGCCUGACAAUGACAAUGAUGUCAACAGUGACAAGGAGCUUGCAGAUCUUUUGGCUGAAAGUGGAUCUGACAAUGAGGAUUCUGAUUAA